AAACAAUCAAAACAUAACCUCAAAAACACGCAACACUAAUGCAAAUUUUCGACUUUCGAAGUCUCCCCCGUGACCAAUUACCAAAUCUCUCAAGAUUAGUCUUAUUUUGCAAGAAAUAAAAAUGUAAUUUAUUCACCCAGUCAUUAUUCGCUAGUAUCCUCCAAACUUUGAAAUAAACCACCAGUGGCUCUGUGUUUUGUGAAGUGUUAUCAACGAAAUGUGAGAUGGCAUCCAAAAGAACUCCGAUUCAUUCUAACUUCCGGCCGAGUAAUCUCUCAUCCUCCAAAUGGGAAACAAAAGGCACUAAACCGCUUCCUGAUCCUUCUUCAGUGAAGAAAAUAUUUCUCAUGGUCUUGUUAUUUGGCUGCAAGAAAGUUAUGUUCACCCCUACAAACGUCCUCAGAGGAUAUGCCUUAGCCCUAUUCCUCAUAUCAGUGAUCGGUAAACAAAUGCCUAUCCCUAAAACUUUUUUUUCAAGAUCUGACAACUUUCUCAAUCUCUACUUUGUCAAACUUGGCUGGCUUUGGACAUUAAUAGUGGCUUUUCCAUUUAUCCUGCUGACAAGUUUCGUCUACUGUAGUGGGAAGCGUGACAGAAUCUUAAAACACCUAGCGCGCUUAGUCGUUGCUACCGGAUUUUGGUUUUUCAUCACAAAA